UCAGAAAUAAGCUAUAGUCUCUUUAGAUCAUCCCUCCUUUGCUUGAAAUAUAUUUAAUUGAUUUAAGACACUUACUCAGUAUGUUAUACCUGCUCCAAAGCCCAGUAUUGAAUUAAAUAAGGCCCAUGAAAAUUGUUUACGUUCUUUUAAAGGGUAAAUAGCAUUCACAGAGAUAAAAUUGUACAAGUCUUAGUUGAGAAGUGCUUUGAUAAUAACAACUUGUCUUAUGCUUCCAGUACUGCAAUGUUUCACAGUUCUUACAGUAUGAUAGUUUUUUGUACAUUUGUUUUUAAUUUUGUGGGGUAGCCUAUGGAAAAUCCCAAAUCGCCGUCUUCUAAGAGAAAAGUUCACCAUGACCAACAACACUGUUCUGAGGAGCAUAUGGAAGCACAUUCCAAGCCCGCAAAUGUGGUCAGUGACAUAAAAAAUUCACAUAGGAUUUCACUGCAAAAUACAGCAACUGAAAAGGUUGAAUAUUCAGAAGAUCUACUUGGAAACAAACUGUUACUUGCAAUGAAGAAUGAAUAUAAAUUGGGACAUUUGGUAUCUGGCACUGAUCUGGAGACAGAAAGGUUGAAUUCUGCCCAGGAGAAGGUAAUCUGGAGUAAAUCUAAACUUCCUGUACCUUCUCCCAAAUAUGGGAAAGAAUUUCAUAAUACAGAUGAUACUAACUAUACUACCAAGUUGCUGAAACAAGAAUUUUGGAAGUCAGUCAGUACUGACUCCGAUUCGCUAGCACAGAAUACAGAAAAAUCUGUCUUUUUAUACAGAGAAGAAUUAAAUAACUUAAAAGAAGUUGCAGAAACUGUUGCCUCUUUAAAUGAAUCACAUAUUACUUUAACUCCACUUAAAGAAAAUCAACUACAUUUUAUUAAAGAAUAUUAUAAAAACUCUGAAAAUGCCAGUGUUUGGGGUUCUUCUCCUACAACAGUAUGCAAUGAAAAAGCAGAAUCUGAAAACCAAGAUGUACGUAAAGAAUUUAAAAGUGAAGGUGACAGAUUCCAGGUUAAUUCUUUCUCCAAAACGGUGAAAGAUAAGCUACUAAUGCUUGAUCACAAAGAGCAAUUAGAAAAAGAAAAAGCACAACUGACUGUUGUAAAUCAGACACCUCCGAGGCUAGGAAAUCAGAAGUUGAGUGAAAUCACAGUAACCUCUGAAUAUGAUGGGAAAACUGAAGCAUUGCAAAAGUCUCUGAAAAAUUCCGAGCAUUUGCAAAAAAGAGUACACAAUCUUCAGAAUGAAAAUUUAGCUCUCAAGAACAAAGUCAAAUGUCUUGCUGUUACCAUACAGUCUUUGAAAGAAAAAACAUCAAACUGUGACAUGCAAAUUAAGCAUUUAGCUAAAGAAAAGAAAAGUAUGCUAAAGCAGUUGGUUAAAUCACAAGAAGACAACAAGGAAUGUAUUAAGGAAGUACAUAACUUACUAAGAAAAUGUAAAGAACUCCAGAAACAGCAAAUAAUCCUUGAGGAAGAGAAGAGUCAACUCCAUCAUGGAAACCAACAAACAAUACAGGCACUACAUGAUUUUCAAAUUAGGAACAAGCAAUUAGAAGAAAAGAUGACUACUGCUAUCUGUGAAAAAGGGAAGCUCAGUGCAAUGCUGGAGUGCUUGCAAAAGGAAUGCUCUACAGUACGAGAAACAAAUAAAAAACUUGAGAUAAAAAUAUCCCAGCUUACAGAAGAAAAGAGUUCCCUAGAGCAAGAGCUUGAAGGAAAUCAGAAUGAAAUACAACAAAUGAAGGAAAAAGAAACUGCAACAAAAUCUGAACGGGAGACUCAUCUUCAAUUAAUGCAAAUGUUGGCAGACAAGAAACUUAACCUUGAAAUGAGCCUGCAGGAAUGUUCUAAUGCUAAACAGAUGCUGCUGAAGGACUUUAAGAAGGUCCAGUCAGAUAAAGAUUAUAUAGAAAAGAAACUUAUGACUGAACUCAGAAAUGCAAAAGCAGAUAUUGAUCUUUUGAAGUCUAACUUGACCUCUGCAAACAGAGAAUGCAAGAGGUUAUCAAUGGUAAUAACAAACAUCACAGAGGAAAAUCAGGUACUUAAGAAAGAACUACAGGAACAUAGACAAGAUGCUUUCAAAUAUGAAAAUGACAUUAGAAAACUGAUUGAAGAACACUUAAUACUAGAAAAUCACCUGUGGACUAUUGAAAACGAGAGAGAUGUAUUACAGUUUGAAUUCCACCAUUUGCAUAAGGAUUACGUUUAUCUCCGAGGCCAAGCUACAGCCCUAGUCUGGGCACAAAAGACACCCAAUUCCAGUUUUGGCACUAUGCAAGAUGACUGUUCUGAAUAUUCCUCUGGAAUUUGUAAAGAAAUUCCUGAUUCUCAGUAUGCAGCUUUGGAAUACCUUUCACAAGGGAAUGACAAGAUUACUGAAACACAGAAGAAAAAUUGAAAAGGCAGAAGGACAUAUAGUAAAACUUCAGAGCAGUCUUCAUCAGCUGUACUACAUCAGAACAAGUUAGAAGUACAGUGCUGAUCAUUCUACCUAGGAAUGCUGUACCUACAAAGUUUAUAAAUGAAGAACAUGACGUAUCAUCCUGAUAAUUUGUACAAAGAGACACUGCAGUACCUGAGGCCAGCACCAGUACAAUUAUCUACUAUGAGGUAUAAAAAAGAAAGAAGGAAUUCCAUUAUAGGUCUUUGGAUAAAGAAAACAUCAACAUUCUUGUAAAGGUUAGUAUUUUAAAAUAUGGCUGGGUCCUCUUUUCUCAGAGGAAGGGGUUUUACACCUUAGUAAGUGCUGGUAGACCUGGCCAACAACCAUUGGUUUUAUUUUUAUUUUCUUUGAUGGAAAUGAGAGAUCCAGUCUAGAAAUUCUUAAAAAAAAAAAAAAAAAAUACUCAUCCUGUGAACAGCAAAAAGGAUGUUUACAAAAAAAGAAUAAAUGUUGUCUUCAUGAAAUAAUUUGGAUAUUUUGAUUUUAUUAUUUAUUUUUUUUACAAUAAAAUAGCUUUGUUUUACAUGAACAAAUUUCUUGGACCUCGUAUAAAAAUCUGUCAAAAAAUAGUAAGGUAGAGCUAAGGUGUUCAUUUAGGAUCACAGUUCCAUACAAGAAGAAGCUAGUUUGAAAGUUGGAUCACAUAUGUUAGGAUCCUUCCAUACACAAAAAGUGAAAUUGAGCUGCUCUUGGAGAAUAUAUCAACACUUAGGGCUUAGUGCUGACUUAGGUCUGUCAGGAAACACAGGAAGAGUGUUUCACAGAUGCUGGUCAAUCGAUAGGACUCCUUCUAUAAUAGGCUGAUUGAGGACAGGUUUCGAACAAUACCUGAUAUGGGUCAUUUUGAGAAGGUCAUCCUAACUGAAGAUUUUAUACAACAGUUUUUACACAACGUACAGUUGAAAUAAACUACAAGUUGUAAUUCUAAUAAAGGUAAACAAUGACCUUAGCUUCACUUUGGGCAACAAAUGAAUUAUUUGGUUGAUACAUACACUAAUACUCACUGUGAAAUAUGCAUCCUUUCUUCCACCAUAAUAUAUAAUGAAUUUGCAACCUAAAUCACUCAUUAGAAAGUAUGUUUUGUAAAUUACAUAUCAAAAA